AUGAGCUCUACGAAUCAAAGAGUGGAAACGAAAGCAGUUCACGGUCUUGAAAUCUUGGAUCUGGACGAAAACGAGCGGAUCUGCUUGCCGACAACGUACGCGAGAAAGGAACUUCCAGUUUCAUGUUCAGAUAUAAUCACUGAAGAAGAUCUCAAGGGCUGGCCUCAUUUGUCGGAUGUUCCCUUGUGCCUCAUUCAAGCGGAAGUUGGCCUCAUGAUAGGAGCUAAUGUGCCCGAAGCGAUUAAACCGCUCAAAGUCGUUAGUGGUCCUCCAACGGGUCCGUAUGCCUCCCAGCAUCGAUUGGGUUGGGCUAUAAAUGGACCAUUGAGUAGGAAAAGAGUGGGUGAUGUGAUUCAAUGUAAUCGAACCAAAGUGGAUUUGGAGGAAAUCAAUAUCAAAAUUCGCCACAUGUAUGAUGCGGAGUUUCAAGACUCUGGAUUGGACAGUCGAGGGCCAUCCGUGGAUGAUACGAAAUGGCUCAAAAGGGUAGAAAAUUCCAUCCGAACUGACGAACGAGGGCAUUACGAAAUUGCUCUACCUUUCCGAGACACAACUCCAAGUUUUCCAAACAAUCGCAAGCAAGCUCUUCAACGGCUGGAGAGUAUUGGAAAAAGGAUGCAACGUGAUCAAGAUUACAGGAAAGAUUACUCCGCUUUUAUGCAAACUAUGUUGGAUAGUGACUUUGCCGAACCGGUUCCACUGAGCGAAUUGAAGCCUAAGAUCGGACAGGUGUGGUACAUCAUCCAUCACGCGGUGUAUCACAAAAGGAAAAAGACCAUCAGAAUUGUCUUCAAUUGUUCAUCGAAAUUCAUGGGAAUUUCACUCAACGACACUCUACUACCUGGACCAGAUUUAGUCAACAAUUUGUUAGGCGUGUUGAUCAGAUUCAGAGAGAGGAAGAUUGCCAUUAUGGCAGAUAUAGAGAAAAUGUUUUAUCAGGUAAAGGUUCCUGAAGAAAACUACGACUUCUUGCGAUUCUUAUGGUACCCUGAUGGAGAUUUCACUCGAACCCCGCAUGAAUACCGGCUGAAAGUCCACGUUUUUGGAGCGGUAUCAUCUCCCAGUUGUGCGAGUUUUGCCCUCCAACAGGCAGCUCGGGAUCACGAAGAUAAAGUCAACCGCUCAACAGUCAAGACCAUCAAGGACGGGUUUUAUGUGGAUGAUCUUGUUGUCUCUGUGGACGAGGUUACCAAAGCCAUAACUCUGCUCAAGGAGAUUCGAUUAGUUUGUAGUCAGGCUAGGUUCAAUCUGACCCAGAUCUCCUCAAAUGAUCGAGAAGUCCUAUCAUCUUUCGACAUCAAGGAUCUUGCCCAAAAAUUCCAGCCACUAGAUCUGCAUCAUGAAGAAUUGCCCAUUGAGCGAGCACUAGGUGUGACUUGGAACGUUGAAACCGACACAUUGGGUUUUAAAAUCCAUUAUCAAGAGAAGCCCCACACAAGACGGGGCCUCCUUUCAACCAUCUAUGCUAUAUAUGACCCGUUUGGACAUUUAGGACCCAUCAUCAUGCCAGCAAAGAGAAUACUUCAGGAACUCUGUCGGAGGAAUUGUGGUUGGGACGAACCCCUCCCAAGUGAUCUCAGGGACGUGUGGGUUAAAUGGACGUCCGAACUUUCACUUCUAUUGGACUACACCAUCCCCAGAUGGAUUAAAAUUUCUGACGACGUCAAAUCUGUGCAAGUCCAUGUGUUUUGUGACGGCAGCGAAGUUGGAGGACAGGUUCGACUCAUGCGGUCAGAUAAUGGUACCAACUUUGUUGGAGCUGAACGUGAGAUUCGGGAGACGUUGGAGACCUUGGUACAUGAGGACAUUCGAGAAGAAAUGGUAAAGAUGCAAGUCAAGUGGAUCUUCAACCCCCCUUACGCCCACCAUUUCGGAGGUGUAUGGGAAAGAGAAAUCCUCGACGUGUUCCCUGGUCAGGACAAAAUGGUUCGUCAAGUCAAAGUUAAAUCCGCGGGUGGGACCUACAAGAGGCCCAUAUCUCACCUUGUCAUGUUGCAAGAGAACAACGAAUUGGAUCAAAAAACUCGUCGGAAUUGA